CUUCAUCACUGAACGAGUAGAUGCCAUCGAGCGCAAAACACAUAUUGAUGGGCAGUCCGAGCGAAAGAAGGGACCAGAAAAUAUGAAUCUACUGCUGACAGAUCCAUUCAGUCUGUCGCAAGACUACCCCGAGAACCUGACGCAUAUCUUGAACUACGGACGGUCGACAUGUCUGAAAUUUAAUAGGAAAGGCGAUUAUUUGGCGUCCGGGUUGUUUGACGGAUCUGUAAUUGUGUUUGACUUUGAUACGUAUGGGAUUGCGCGAGUACUACGCGGCCACACGCGUCCAAUCACUUCACUGAGCUGGUCUCGUGACGGAAGAUAUCUUUUAUCAGGGUCCAGAGAUUGGCUAUGCAUCCUCUGGGACCUCAAGGACGGAAAACGAGUCAAAACAGUACGGUUCGAAGCUCCGAUCUGGGGCGCGGAGCUACACCCCUACAGCCACCAAAUAUUCGUCGUCUCGUUAUUCGAAGAUGCCCCAACUUUGGUUGAUUUUACAGACGGAACGAUACGGAAACAUCUAUUGAACGACGUGGCGUUCGCGAAAACGUCGUCUGGCGAUGACGAGGAGAAUGCCUCGGGCUCGCCGUCGCCGGAGAAUCAACAGGAAGUACAGGAAAAACAGUCAACAUUGGUUGCAACAUUCACGACUUCCGGACAGUACAUAUUCACAGGCACCAGCAAAGGCUGGCUGAACAUCAUAGACAGCGAAAGUUUCCAGACCGUUCGCUCAGAGAGGAUCACGACGUCGAAUAUUAAGCAUAUAGCGUUUAGUAGCUCAGGAAAGCAGUUUAUCAUCAACUCCUCUGAUCGCACUAUUCGGCUUUUCAACACCCCGGAUCUGAGCUAUACCGACCCAAACAACUGGGAAUUGUCAGUAAUCCACAGAUUCCAGGACGUUGUCAACCGUCUACAAUGGAACUCCAUCACGUUCAACUCGAACGGCGAUUACGUCCUAGCGUCGACCUAUCAGGAUCAGCAUGACAUAUACAUCUGGGAGACCGAAGUCGGCUCGCUAGUGAAGAUUAUCGAGGCUCCGAGGGAGGAGAUCGUCGACGUGCAGUGGCAUCCUAAUCGGCCGCUGAUAGCUGCGACCGGAUUGGACAAAGGGACAAUUUACGUAUGGGCAACGGUUACCCCUCAGCAGUGGAGUGCGCUCGCGCCUGAUUUCGUCGAAGUGGACGAGAACGUCGAGUAUGAAGAACGAGAGGAUGAGUUUGACGUGAUCCCGGAUGAAAUCGCCAACAAACGAAGGCUGGACCAAGAAGAUGAGGACGACGUAGAUGUGGUAACGAUCGAAAGAGUGCGCGGCGAGUUUAGCGAUGAAUCGUUUGUGAUUCCUGUAAUUCUAGACGAGGAAGAGGAGACGUUUGAGGAUUCGGAUAGUGAUUAGAUGUAUAUAGAAAUGGACACGGAUUAU